AUGAAAGGAACUGAUAUGCUAUUUUCAGCACUAAGUUCAUAGCCAGAAAAUCUUUAAAUGGAAUUAUAGGCAGAAUAAUAAAAUGAAUAUGAAAGAGAAUAUUUGGAGGCUGAUUUAGGUUCGAGAGUAAGAACAAGAAAUCCAAGUUCAAACAAUUUUACACAUAAAUCAACUAUCCAAAUUGAUACACAUAGAAAUUGUGAACCAUUAAUUAUUGUCAAGGAAGAAAGUAAUAAGAUUGCAAAGAAAACAACUGGGGUCAAUUUUAUGAAAUAUUUUUAUUUGAAGAGAUUUAUUCAAAGAAUCAGAAACAAUCGAACAAAGUUGACGAAUGUUAAUGAAAAUCACAUAAAAUUAGUGAAUGACAAUUCUAGUGAUAGUUAAGUUAUGAUGUCAUUUCUAAAAUUUAAUAGUCAUCCCAAAUUCUAAAUACGAAAUGUUACUAUGCUCUUUAGACACAACACGAUUAGUAAAGAAGAAAACAGAUUCAAAAUAUAUCUAAAGGAAAAAAGUCAGCAAUUCAGAAAAUAUAUUCAUGAACUAGUUUCUAAAAUACCUCAAAUUCAUCCAGAAACACCUAAGAAAAUAGUCUGGGAUUAUUGGACAAUUGUGUUUAGAUUAAUCUUAUUAAUACUUAUACCAUUAGAAAUAUCGUAUAACCCAAAGAUUUUAUUUGACCAAUUAGUUGGUUUAACAAUUACAAUCAUAAUCAUUUUAAUUAUUGAUAAUAUUUUGAGAUUAAAUACAAUCUUCUAUUAGCAUGGGCAUGCAGUUUUUGAUAGAUGGAAGAUCAUUCAACAAAAUUUGCGUUUCUAAUUUAUAUCAGAUAUUGCUUUAAUUUUAUUAUUAAUAUAUUUUAUUUAAUUUGAUGGAAAUCAAUUUUAAUAUUUAGUGCUUUUGAUAUCUUUGACAUAACAUUAUUAAAUUAAUAUCACCUUAGAAAAAAGCGAAGAAUCCUCAUACUUUACUAAAAAAUAAAAAGCUUUCAUUAGUUUAUUCAAACUUUUAAUUUACUUAAUAUACGUAUUACAUCUAUUCGCAUGUAUAUGGUUUUACAAUAGUUCCAUAAACACAUAAAACUCAUGGAUCAUUUUUAAGGAGUUAGACCAUUAAACUUGGUAGGUCCAAUAUUUAGAAGCAUUUUACUUUGCUAUUGUAACUAUGUUGACUAUUGGAUACGGGGAUAAUGUGCCAAAAUCCUGGAAUGAGAAAAUAAUAGCAAUAUUCUUUAUUUUAAGUGCUUGUCUAUGGUUCUCCUAUAGUAUUAAUAAAAUAGGAACCAUAAUUAAAGAGAUAAAUUUGAACUUAGUAGAAAGAAGCAAAAAGAUUAGAGUAAUAAAUAGAUACAUGCAUUAAAGAAAUAUUCCUUACAGUUUGCAAUAUAAAAUCCGAGAAUAUCUAACAUUUAGAUGGAAAGAAGAAUCUGAAAUAGAUCUUCAAUAAGAAGAAACAUUAUUAAAUGAGCUAUCAGAAGAAUUGAAACAAGAAUUAAAAAAAUAAGCAAACAAUGUAUUUUUCAAACAUUGUGAUUUCUUAUUUAAAAAUUUCAGCCUAGAAUUGCAAAACUCACUCUCUCCUUAUAUCAAACGAAAGAUUAUCUAACCCUAAAAUUCUUUUUCAAUUUACACCCUAAGUGAUACCUAUUAACCACACUUAUGUUUUGUUGAAUAAGGAUAAUUGCAAUAUUAGAAUUUCUUAAAAGUUUCCUUGAAAAGUGUUUAAUCCUAAGGUUAAUUCGUAGAUGCAUCAGAAUUCAUUGAAGAAAAUGAUAAUGUGUAAACGUUUAAAGCAAUAGGUUAUGUUAGUCUGUUGGUUCUAAGCAAAACUGAUUUUAUGAAUAUUAUUCGUUAAUAUCCAAAAGAUUACUAAAAGUACUGCCACAUAAAAGAUCAAUACAUACUAUCAGUGAGAUAAAAACAUUUGCCAUACAGUUAGUUUUGUAUUGCUUGUGGCAAUAAUACUCAUGGAUUGAAGGAGUGUUCGAAUCUAUCCAUUACAUUAGACAGAGAACUAAUAAUCAAAAGACAUUAAUACACUAUUGAACAAAAGAGAUAGAGUCAUACUAGAUCUAAUAAAAGAGGGAAGGCCUCCUUUUCUACUCUAUGUGAUAGAGAAAUUAUUGAAUAAUUUGUUAUUUAUUUUCAGAAUGAACAGCCAAAGUUAGUUUAGAUUCAAUUAGGUAAAUAGUUAGCUUAAGAACAAGAAGGUGAGGAAGUAAAAUCUGAACUUAAUGAUUAAUCUCAGUUAACUAAGAACUUCAAAUUCAGAAGACAAGAUUCAGUUCCAGUUCCAAUUCCUAGAUAUUCUUAAUAGAGUUGUGAAUGUCUUUCAAUGAAUAAACAACUUUGUCUUAAUGAUUCAGUUAUUUCUAGUGAAAACAAUUCUAUUCAAAAUUUGAAGUUAUCAACAAGAUAAUAGCAGAUGCUAAAUACAAAUAAAUUUAUGACUGCAAAAUUAUCCAAAUAUAAGAAGUUGUAUUAAUAAUAGGUUUCUAAGGUUAAUCAAAACGAUUCUUUGGAAUCAUUCAAAUUUGAUUUAUAGGAGUAUUAUUUUCAAAAUUUAGAAUAAUUGUAUAAUAGGAUCUUUAAUGAUGAAAAUAAUGUGACCUCAAAAUAAGAUUAAUCAGUUUAGCAAUUAUAAAUCCUAUACUAUCAAUAAAAGGCAUAAUAAGAAAUAGAAUAAUUUGAAAUUGUUAAGAAUUUUACUUUUUAUAUGACUUAAAACAAUAUUGAAAAUAUAGUCUAGUCGUUAGAAUAGAAGCAACAUUUAUUAUUAAAAAACCCUAUAACUUAAUUAAUAAAAUUCAUGUACUUUCCUUAUGAAUUUAUUAUGAAAUUUUAAAGGAUUAAAACUCAAAAAUUAAAAUUGCUAAAUCAAAAAAGAAAACGAUCAUUCCAAAAUAUGAAAAAGAAAUAAUCAAAAAUCAAUGACUUGGUUAGAAAGUGGGAGACUCCAAGAAAAUCUUAUAAAUUCAGUGUUAUAAUCCCUGUGUAAAAUGAAGGCGAUGUGUAAUGA